AUGAACAUGGUGUCGGUAUCAGCGUUAUGCAAGCCGGUGGCGAGUUUCAACCCGGGACUGACGAUGGACACGCUGUCGUUGUUCCGGCACCGGAACAAGGAAAAGGUUGUGGUGAUAAUGGGGGCAACGGGGACAGGAAAGUCAAAACUUGGCAUAGACCUUGCCACGCAUUUCCCACCAGCUGAGAUAGUCAACUCAGACAAAAUGCAAGUGUACCAAGGCCUGGAUAUCACCACCAACAAAGUCACUGAGGAGGAGUGCAGAGGGGUCCCACACCAUCUCCUAGGCACGGUCGAAUCUAACUUGGAUUUCAGUACCCACGACUUUUGCCACCACGCCACCCUCGCCGUUGGCUCCAUUUUGAAACGCGAUGGCUUACCCAUCAUUGCGGGUGGGUCAAACUCUUUCCUCGACGCCUUGGUCAACCACUACCCUGACUUUCGGUUACGCUACCACUGUUUGUUCCUCUGGGUCGACGUCUCGCUCCCGGUGCUUCAUUCCUCUCUCGCCGCACGUGUGGACCGCAUGAUCCGUGCCGGCCAGGUCGACGAGGUUCGACGAAUUUUCCACUACCUCGACCACGACUACAGUGUAGGCAUUCGAAAGGCCAUUGGCGUCCCCGAGUUUCAUUCCUUUUUCCAAGCCGAAGCCGACGGAGCCGAUGAGAGGACCAAGGAGAAGCUCCUCCAGAGUGCCAUUGCCUCCAUCAAAAUCAACAACUGCAACCUCGCCACCCGACAGCUCCACAAGAUUCACCGCCUCCACGGCAUUUGGAAACGGAACAUGCACCGCCUCGACGCCACCGAGGUUUUCCUCAGGAGCACUUCCCAAGAAGCAGAGCAAGCGUGGGAGGAUCACGUUCUAUCCAAAAGUCGAAGGAUUCUUCACAAGUUCCUCUACGAAGACACCCAUGUUGAUGUUGGUAUUGCUUCUGUUAUCGCUUCUUCGCCUCCGCCCAUGGCCGCCGCCGCUGCCGCCACUCGCUAG